GGGUGCACAGGCAUCCCCGUGCGCCCCCUGCGCGGUGCCGCUGGCUGGCUGCGCUGGCCUGUAGCGCCCCGGGGCUUGCUUGCUUCUCCCCCGUAACGUGUUGGGUUGCUGGAGCUGGGUCCCGUACCCCUACGGCCGGAUAAACCCGAAUGGGAAGCGCCCUGCGGUGGCUGCCCACGUGCUCCCCGUGCCAGAAAACGCUGGGAUGGUGCUCUCCUCUUCUGUGCCGCCAGGCCGAGAUGGAGAGAAAAACACUGGUCAUGCAUGUGGUAUCGAGACUGGCCAAGCGAGUCCUUCCCAGAAAGGCGUAUAACUCAGAACCAGGGCUGGCAACGCUUCUGGUUCCACCUGCGCAGGGUAUCUGUUUCCAAAAUAGACCUUAGGACGCUUUCUUCCCAGUUCCUUUUACCGCAGCACCCCCCUCCCCUGCGUAACGGGAACCAACGUGAUGCAUUCACCACAGCUCCCUUUCCGCUAGGACAGGCUUGUGACCCUCCAAAGGUCCCCUCCUCCCGGCCACUGGAUAUCCCAGAUGUCCCCUGAGACCCUCUUCGUUUUCCAACCAGUAUGAUGCUCCACUGAGCGAGCCCCUCUUCGUUUGCUGACCAGUGCUCUGCUCCACAGUUUCACAUCAUGUUCCCGCCGUCGCUGUAACUCUAAUGUGGAAUUCAUUCCUGUUCGGAGAACGACAGACCUAUUAACACGCGCCCUGAUUCAUCACAUGUAAAUGAUAAUAUUUGGACAGGGAUGGUCCUGCCUUGAGCAGCAAAGGGUUGAUUUGGGUAACUUCUUGACUUUCUUUCUAGUUCUUGCGUGUAUGGUCUGUGAUUCUGUGUGCAUGCUUAGGCAGCGAGCAUGUUAAAACAUGGAAGAUCGACAUAGUAAUAAUGGCUAGGUUGGUUUAAAAAGAAUAUGUUUGGGAGAUGUAUUUCGUUUAAUUUUUCUCUGUGUUUUUCAGAUGUCGACUAUUUUAAGAUCCCUUUGUGCCCGUGUCGAGGUCUGGCUCCUCCAAGAUUAGCAUUUUCUUUUUGAUGAAUUGAAUCUCUUCCUUUUUUACAGAGAUGCAUGUAUCUGCUGCUCUUAGUAGAAAGCAGUAGUUGAUCAGAAACUCUCGAAACACACCUCUUAAUAUAUUAUUUUAAAAUUUGCCUCCACGGCUCCUUUUGACAAUGGUGUAUUGCUCAGCUUUGAACUGUCAGAAUGCAACGAGCGGGGUGUAUAAGAACAGUUCUGUUACCUUCUAUGGUUUUCCUUUACAAAACAAACCUCUCUUGAAGCAAUGGAUUCACAACAUGGGUCGGGAUAUGGGAACUCCUUCUAAGCAUCAACGACUGUGUUCGAAACACUUUGAGGACAGUUCUUUCGAAAUCGAUCCCCUAAAAAUUAGGAAAAAUAGGCGCUUAUUGAAAGAGGCCGUCCCCAAAAAAUUCAUUUUGGAUGAAGAUGGAAACUGGUUAGUUGGAACACCUCGAAGUUUCUGUGGUGCAGUAAGCAAUAAAACUCGAAAACGAAUCCGGAAUCCUGAAAGUUUGAAGGUCCCGGGAGCAUUUGAUGAUGUUGCAGCCCACGAGGGGAAGAACUUAGAAGCGUGGCAGAAAGAGCUUUACAAGAAAGUGAUAAAGGAUAAUUAUGAAUCCAUCAUUUCACUUGGUAAAGACUAUUCCGUUUCCAAAAAUUACAUGCAGGCACGAGAAGAGCUGCAUGUGAGGGAUCGGCAGGACUCCGAUGAAAGAGAAAUUCCUAUGACUCCUAAUACAGUGGAUUAUGGGAUUGUGAUAAAAACUGAAGUACAGGAUCAUGAUGAAGGUCCAGAAAACAUGGAGCUGCACGCAUCGCUUUCAGGAGGAUCACAAGACCUGGCGUGCCAAAGUCCUGACAAGGGGGUCGCUUAUGAGAGCUACUGGAGUUCAGAAUCGGAGCAGAGGAGUCCUGUGGAAAGCAGAAUGGGUAACUUCUCACUUGGUGAAGGGGAGUCCAGUGAAUUCAAAGACAUCCUUUUCUGCGAGGAAACCCAUGUAGGCGAAAGACUUUAUAUAUGUACAGAAUGUAACAAAACCUUUAAGCUGAAGAGAGGACUUCUAAAACACAAGCGAAUUCACACCAAAAGGAAUCAGGUCUCGUCAUACAUCUGUACAGACUGUGGUAAAAGCUUUGGUCGCCAUGCAGAUCUCAUUAGACAUCACAGAACUCACACUGGAGAGAGACCUUAUAAAUGUACAGAGUGUGAGAAAAGCUUCACUGAGAAACCCAGACUUACUAAUCACUUACGAACUCACAACAUAUACAUGUAACCAGUGAAGCCAAAGCUCAAUUGGAACAGAUUUCCACUCAGUCACCAACAGCCCUGCCCAGAGUAGAUGGCCCUCGGGUGUCUCUCAAAUGCAGGAAAAGCUUUAGAGCGAGGCCAUUUCUACAGCAUUGCAUUGAACUGCAGCAUGAGAUGGACCCCGUUGUUGUAAGUCUGCUCACCCUUGAGCAGCAACCUAUUCUCCGUUAGCUGUCAGGUGAUUCAAGUACGGGGAGGGAACAUAUAAAUUUACUCAAUUUUAUAUGAAAGUUUAAUUGCAAAAAAGGCCUCUUCUAAAAUAAUUACUAAUCUAACCUGGCAACAGACCAGAUUAGUGCAGCAUGUGUGGGAGGUAUUUUAGAUAUAAGAAACUUUUGAUAGAUCACCCAAGAACGUGCAGAACAGCAGGAUCAUUCGCAGAUGAUUACUGGUGGGAAAUGGAGUCUUUGGGAGCUCUAAGUUGGGCCUCAUGACAUAUAAAUGGGAAAUUAGUGGUAAAGUCCAUCCAGUGCAGUCCGUGGUGCCAGCACUGAAAGGAACAUCAGAUGUAAAUCUGACCUGAGUUUAUGGAAUGGUCGAAACCUCCAUGGUGUAGAAAGCAUGAGAUGUGGACUUUGUUUCUGGAAGAGAGAACAGAAAGGGUAGUGUGCUCCCUAUGAUCCCUUCUGUGCAUCAGUGAAAGACAGAAGACAAUAUUUUAUAUGGGAUGUAAUUUUCUCUAAACCAAAAAAUGGCCAAUGGCUCCAAGUGCAGGAAAAAUCAGCAGAUGGAUGGGAGGAGGAGGAGAACAGUGGGUCAGAGCCUGUGCAUUUUGUUAAACAUCUGUACUUAGACUCCAUCGUUGGAGGUUUUUAAGACCCAGGUAGACAAAGCUUUGGUUGGGAUGAUGUAGGUGGGGCUGGUCCUGCUUUGAGCAGGGGGUUGGACUAGAUGUGACCUCCCGAGGUCCCUUCUAACCCUAAUUUUCUAUGAUUCUAUGGACUGUAAUUUUUAUUUUAUUUUUUUAAUCCCUUGGUUUUUGCUGUCUUUAUGUCUGUGAUACAGAUUUUAUUGCUUUGGGAGAUUAGAACAUUUCCCCCAAGUUCUUUCGGGCGCUGAUUUUUAACAGUGCCUGAAUACAAGCAAUUUACAGGAGCUAAAUGGAAAAAGAAAGUUUGCUCUGCUUUUACACAGUGCAGGAGCGUGUAACCAUCCGUUUUCAGUGGAUGAUAUCUGGUAACUAGCAGAAUGGGAAAGCUGUCUGGUGAGAUGCUUCUGAUUUUAAUGGCUCUAACCUAAUACCAAGGUUUAACAGUUGAAAAAAGGGAAUAUUCCUUAGCAAUUAAAAGAACUGUGUUUGUCCUGUGCACAUUGAAUAGAACAGAUUUACUCAGCCUUCCAGUAGGAGGAGUGGGAGCAAGAAGCUUUAACUGCUUUUAAAGUUGAGUGGAUAAGUUUAUGACAUGGCCUUCCCACAUAAGCAAAUUCAGUAGUGGACACAAGGAUCACGUGCUCAGGAAUGCAGGUAUUUUGCAGUCGUGAACGAGUGGACAUACAGAUCCCCUAAAUGCGUUUGGACCAGGACACGGGUCAAGAAACCCUGGGAAUAGAAGGCUGAAAUCUGGCACUCCAGUGACACUCCCUGUGACUGAUCACUCAGGAGGAAUUGAGAGCAGAAUAUGAUCCGAGGAUUUUGUGCAGAGCACUGCAAGAGGCACUAAAGUAGUUCCCAGUUCUGGGAAAGAACCAGGUAAUAACAGCAGCCCAGAUCCAGAGAUUUGAUACAUCAAUAUUGACGGCAGGUGGAAGAUACACACACAGGACAUUCAGCAACAUGAAAAGUGAUAACUGCUGUAGCUACAAAGCUUCAUUAAUUUAUUGAACACAUAUACGGCUUUGUGGAACAUUGCUAUGCAUGAUUGUACUUUGCAUUUUUUAGCACUUUAGAUGUUCAAGGUGCUAUACCAAAUAUCAGUUGAAGAAGACCAAUUAAGCAGAAAACACUGAAGAAGCUUGUCAGUUAAAUUAGACUCCUUUCCUGCCUGGCAGCAGAGUGACAAAGUACUAGACAAUUCCAGUGAGCUGCUAGGGAAUAUAAUGAGAGUAAAUAGCUGGAGAGGAAUCAUGAUUUUUUGGAGAAGUAUUAUUAUAAUGGAACAACUUGUAUUAAUUUUUGAGCAAAAAUAGUUUAUAAUCCGGAGAGGAAGCCUAAUACAAGAUGUACUUUGGGGUGGAAGUAGAUUGUUGUUAUCCUUAGCUGGAAGCAAGCCAGAUUGCCAGAAAAACAUCGAAAGCUGAGUUUUUUCAAUAUGGGACUUCAUAGGAAUUGUUUUAAUUUACUGAAAAAUAAAAGGAUGUUGAAUAUGGUCUUUCAAGACACAAAAUACGUAUUCUCUUCAGCUUGAGAGAGUAUAAAAAUAACCAUCCCUAUCAUUACAGCUUUCUGCUAAAUGUUUUGUCAUUUGUCAUCAUUAUCCUGAUAGUUUCUUUAAUAGGUUAUCUGAUACAUUAACAGUCUGCUGUGAUGGUGAACCAGAGUCUUUAUUUCUGAUCUGGAAAGGGUAAAGACCUUACUGGACUCCAAACAGAAAGGAAAAUAGGGAACUUCAUUGGGCUUUUCAGAGCUAACAAAGUGAAUUUGUUUUGUUUUUAGAUUCGGGGCCUAAUCCUAAUUCCUUUUGAAGUUGUGAGCAGGAUUGGGCCAAUAGUGAAUUAACCAAUCAUUUGUAUACGGUGGCUAACCCUUUUUUAAGGUGUAGAUGUUGUAUGGUGUAAAGUAAGUCAGUAUUUCAGAUCUGAGGCUAAUCAUGGUUAUUUCUGCCAGUGUUUCUGAAGAUAUUUUUUCUGACUACUGAUAACAUCUCACUUACACAUUUUGUUCUUUUGCCCUUUCUAAGAACCAGCCUGUUCUUUCAACUUGGGAUACUGAAAACGAUGGAUUUGUGUUGAAUACUAAUAAAUACGAGAAAUUGUUGCUAGUACCUACUGAUGAUUUGAACAAGAAUUUUGUCAAUCCUUAAUGUAGACAAGGACAGUGUUGUUGUAGAGCAAAUCUUGUCUUCAAGUGGAAUCGGUAUGCCUGCUACCCUGUAUACUGUAUGUCACCUUCCUGUAAGCACAUUUGUAUUUUCAGUUCAUUCUUUUAUGGUAACCUGUUAUGUUACGUUGCAACAACCUGCCACGUGUAGCUGUAAGCCACUUUGAGCCUUUUUUGGGGGAGAGGGGCUCCGAAAUCAAGUAAAUAAAUAUUCAAAGUAUAGUCUACUGUUCAGAGAUAAGAUUCGGUCAAUAAAAACAUUUAAAAUAAUGCAGUUGCCAUCACAGGUCAGCUCGCAGCAUAAGCAGAACAGAACAUGAGCAGUUGUCCUCAUCCAAGGGAGGCAUGUUUAGGGAUACAUUAGAGUAGGACUGAACUCAGUCUAAGCAGUGGAUCAAAGAUAUCAAAUAUAAAGAUACCAAAUUUAGUAAACUUUGUCCAGUAUUUGUUAGAUGAUCACUUAAGUGCACAAAUAGGGGGCAAUUUGAGGGUAGGAGAGAAAGGACAUUGUGGGUUCAUAAUCUGGCCAUAUAUUUUCUAAUUCUGUAUCUGGGUACCAGUUCAGGGAUCACACCGUUCUGCGACUUUCCUUGUGGGGGUUUCUUUUGAGUUCUUCCUUCAGUGGCAGAAUUGAACCCACUAUGGUAGAAAUUAAACUCUAAUACUUGCAGAUGGCAUGUACAAGAAAUGUUCACAGGUAACGAGAACGAUAAUGUUCUUGUUUAAAGCUUGUGGGUAAACAGAAGCAUCACAUUAUGUUUGUAUAAUUGGGGAAAACAGUUUGACCUCAAAGUAUGAAAGAGCCACCCAGAUAUUCGUCAAACCUCUGACUCUAUCAGCUAACUCUUUCAAAAAAUAGACUCUCAGAAUCAAGCCACUGGCCAUGGUUAGCCUGAAAAUCAAAACUUUGCCUUGAUACUUCAAUUAAUUUUGCCUGGAGUAAUAGUGAAGCAAACACAUUAUAGAAUUAAAAAAAUGUAGCAUUUAAUUGCCCAUGUUUUCUGCUAAGCAAGCAGAGUAGGGUCUGGAAAUAACAUAAAAGAUUCAAAAAAAAGAUAUUUAUUCUUUAUUCUUUUGCAGCCAUAAAUAAACACGUCCUGUCACUCUGGUCACCUUGGUUUGUGAUGAAGGUCCUAUCUGAGAUUUCACGAUUAAUGUUGGCAAAUGACGAUGUCUGUCUAAAGGAUAUGAUAAUAUGUACAAAUGUAUCUGUUGUGACUGAUUUCUACAGGCAGAGAUGAUCUUUUUGUGUUUGAACAGUGCGUUGUACAUCGUGGGUGCUACUGAUAUAUAAAUAAAUAUAAAAGUGGA